AUCAUUGGUGCAAUUUAUUCGAAGCAUUGGGUAAAUAAACGUAUCACACAUUUACUGCAACAACAACAACAAAUGAUUAAACGAUCAAAGUUUGUUUAUCUGUUCAUGAUCAACAGCAAUCGUAUCUAGAGCUGCCUUGACUGCGAGUGAUUAAAAGAAAAUUAAGCUAGAUAAUAUGUAUUGCAGGGUUUCACUCAUAGGUAUGACCAAAGUAUUCUACUGGUAUUAUAGUAUUGGGCACCUAGUUCAGAAUCAUGCGCAGAAAAACAUUUUGGUGGUGUAUUUUAAUACAGAUAAUUUUAUUCAAAAAAUGGCGAGGAUUUUGUCAACAACUCCAAUCAGAGAUUCGUAUUAUAAAAGCUGGCAAUUGUAAUAUGUCUGGACUGACAUGGACAAUGCGUGAUAUAUCUAUUCAAUCUCAGUACCCGAGAACCUAUAUGAAUCUUCGUUUUGACGUAUCCAAGGAAAUAAAAACGAUGAAAAAAGUUUAUUAUCAUUUUGAACGAUGCAAUGAACAGGGUUUCGAUUGCGAAGAUUUCCAAAAUUUCAGCGUGGAUCGAUUUUGCUCGCUGAUGCUGAUGAAGAAUCAGAUAUGGUCAGGAUUUAUUGAUCGAUGCCAGCCUCCGCUUCGCUGCCCACUGAAAAAGAUGUCCUAUGAAGUACAAAAUGCUACUGUUGACAUCGAUGACUUGACUAGGUUUUAUCCAGAUGUGCUCAAGUAUAAUUGGUAUGCAAAUAUCGAAGUAUCAGAUGAACGUGAUGCGAUUGUAUUUUGUGGAUUUUUUAAAAUACACGUGUUUCAAUACAGAAAGAGAGACAGAAAACAUCCAAAAAGCUCUUGAAAUUUUUUGUGCAACAUAAAUGGAAAUUAUUUCAGCUGAAGUCCAGACCUACCUGAUGUUACUUAAUCAUCUAAUGGUACAUAUUAUUCAAAUUCCAUACCUACCUAAAUCUCAUUUGAAAAUACAUACCAUAACU